AUGUCAUGGUGGCUCCCGCUCCUCUUCGUCGCCGCCGCCUUCGUGACCACAACAUCAAACAUGACAGCAGCAGCAGCUUUUGUCACGUCCGCCCCGUUGUCCCAGGUCACACCAUCCCGACCUACGUCGUCCAUAGCAUCAGCCUCGUUGCUCAUUAUUUCAACUUCCACAACGAUCACAGCAACCUCUACACAUUCUCCUCUUCGCCCUACCACAACCACCACCACACCAACUACUACAGCAACUACCGGCGAAACCCCGCCUACCGUCGUCGUCUUGGCUCUCGUUCCUGCAUCCACCGUAGCCAGAGUCGAGAGCUCGCCCCCUCUAUGCGACCCCGUGUCUUGUCGAGUGCUGCUCACCAUGGGCGGGUGCGUCGUGUUGGCAGUGGCGACGUUGGUGGGCUGGCAGGUCUACCAACGGUAUGCCUUUCGCCGGGAACGAGAGCAGUUUCAGCUAAGGGAGUCCGAGCUCAGGUCUGCCGUCGAAGAGAGCAUUUCUUCCAGCCGUAGCCUUCGCAGCAUCAUGACGAGCUCUACAAGCGUUCAAGUGUAG